AAAUGAAACCAACUAAAAACAAGAAGAAGAUUACUAGUAAAACCAUAAACACAGUUAAGUUAGUGACGUUGAAACCUCCGCCCUCUUUCGACGAAUUCGAGGAAGCAUUCUUCUUAUUUCACCUAAACACAUUCAAUUUCUUCAUUUCUUCAAAUUCAAUUUCCCAUUUUCAUUUCAACAAACAAACAAACCAACAAUGUCUCAGCUUCUCCAAACUCCCUUCUUUCCUUCCUCCACCGUACUCCGCCGCUCUCCCACUACACUCCACCGUUCCACAACAAACCACCUCGUCGUCCGCGCCAAGAUCCGCGAGAUUUUCAUGCCCGCACUCAGCUCAACAAUGACAGAGGGCAAAAUCGUCUCAUGGAUCAAAUCCGAAGGCGACAAACUCUCCAAAGGCGAUAGCGUCGUCGUCGUUGAAUCCGACAAAGCUGACAUGGACGUUGAGACUUUCUACGACGGUAUCCUCGCUGCUAUCGUCGUUGAAGAAGGUGGCGUCGCUGCCGUUGGAUCUCCCAUCGCAUUUCUCGCUGAAACUGAAGAGGAUAUCGAACAAGCAAAAUCCAAAGCCCUAUCUUCAUCUUCAUCUUCCUCUUCUUCUCCUUCUUCUGCACCUGCACCUGCGCCUGUGCCUGCAUCCUCACCUGUAGAAUCUCAACCCAAGAAAGUUGCAGAGAAUGUACCUGUGGCGGUUGUUUCGAGGCAUCCGGCGUCUGAAGGAGGGAAGAGGAUUGUGGCGUCACCUUAUGCGAAGAAAUUGGCUAAGGAGUUGAAGGUGGAAUUGGGUCAAAUCCUUGGAACUGGACCUUUGGGGAGAAUUGUGGCUAAAGACGUUGAGGCAUUUGCAGCUUCAGGGAGCUCUUCAGAGAGUGUUGCGGCGGCAGCUCCUGCACCGGUAAAUACUGUAGCUGCUGGUGUUGAGUUGGGAAGUGUGGUGCCGUUCACAACAAUGCAGAAUGCUGUGAGUAGGAAUAUGGUUGAAAGUCUGGUUGUUCCCACUUUUAGAGUUGGUUACACCAUCACCACUGAUGCACUUGAUGCUCUCUACAAGAAGAUCAAGUCAAAAGGAGUUACUAUGACAGCAUUGCUUGCCAAGGCUACUGCACUCGCACUCGCUAAACACCCUGUUAUAAACUCUAGUUGUAGGGAUGGUAAUAGCUUUGUAUACAAUAGCAACAUCAACAUUGCAGUUGCCGUGGCUAUAGAUGGUGGACUGAUUACACCAGUGCUUCAGGAUGCUGAUAAGCUUGAUGUCUAUUCAUUGUCAAGAAAGUGGAAGGAGUUGGUUGAUAAGGCCCGAGCUAAGCAGCUGCAGCCUCAUGAAUACACCACAGGUCCUUUCGCUCUUUCCAACCUGGGAAUGUUUGGAGUUGAUCGCUUUGAUGCUAUUCUUCCUCCUGGAACUGGAGCAAUAAUGGCAGUUGGAACAUCGCAGCCAACUGUUGUAGCUACCAAGGAUGGUCGCAUUGGCAUGAAGAACCAAAUGCAGGUCAAUGUUACGGCAGAUCAUCGAGUAAUCUACGGUUCUGAUCUGGCUUUAUUCUUGCAAACCCUGUCACAGAUUAUUGAGGACCCUAAAGAUCUUACUUUCUAAUCUCAUAUUUCUAUAUUCUAAUGCUGCAUACAAAGGAAAAAGAACUUAUGAUUCCUCUCGUCGUGGGUUAGGGAUUAUUAAUUGUCGAGAAGCACAAACUUAGAAGCCAAAUUACUAUCCACUCAGGAUUGUGCAAAGAGCAGGAGCAGAGUUUUUUUGAGUAGGAAAGCCGAGUAGUUGUUUCUUAAAUGAGAUUGAGUCAUAUGCCAUUUUUCGUUUUUCUCUAAUACUGUCUGAUUAUAAAUUUGUUUUUUGGUUGUUCAUUAUUGUCUAAUAAUGUCCAUUAUUUAUGUGAGAGCAUGGAAUUUGUUUUUAGCAUUGUGUCUAGAAAAUUGAAAUACGUGAGAUUGAGCAAUGAUUAUGUUAUGAAACAAAAAAAAAAAGGUAGUGUGAUGAAGAUAUUACUGCAUAAGUGUGAUUUUUGUGACAUUUUGUAUCAAACUAUCAAUGACAAUGGCUAAUAAAAAAACUGGUUCCACCAAAUUUAGGGCUA